UCAAAAUGGGCCAGCUAUACGCUCUUUACCCGUACCUACUUUUGGGAUUGUACUAGGUCAAUCCCUGCCCAGAACCUGCCGAGAAAUGCAAGCCGAGUGCGGCUUAGGCCUAUCGACUCGGAUCAGCAACAUCACUCCAAAGUAGUCGCAGCCUUUCAGCCCUAUUUCCUCUUAACAUGCGACCCAGCAUCCUACACCAUGGCCGCCGUCCGACGAGGCCAAGAGCCGCUGAAUCUCGAAAUGCCCAAUGCUUCUGCGAAUGAUCUCCCUCCCAUCUCGGCCCUCUUCCUGAUCUAUUUCGACAUCAAAGCCGGUUACACAAUUGGAUGGAAACGAUCGUUGCCUGGGAUUGAGCUGGAAGGGGUGGUAGAAUACAAGAGCUUGCCAUCGGGACUGCAUACUGUCAAAGAGGACCUGAUAUAUUUCGUCCACGAUGAUCAUGCUGGUCUCAGCGCAUUCAUCAAUGCUCCGGCAGCGGAGGAAUCGAGAAAUGCUCGCAUGAUCGCAGUGGGCGUAAUGGUUCGAUUGAGCUAUGGCAGACUGGGGAGAAGUUGGAAGCAUGCAGAAAAUUUGAAAGCAAUGGCAAAUGAGCUCAUUGUCGACACUGCUAAGACGAAAGCAUUGGAGGAAUAUUGGGGGGAACAUAAGGCUCGCGGUCCACCUGCUCUCGCAGAAACGGAUUCGUUACUAGAUUCGCCGUCGAGUACGAAGUUUCAAGCCAUAAGGACAACACCACUGAAAGCAAAGGGCCACGGGAGAAAUCGCUCAGCAUCAGAUGGUACUGCUUUGCUCCCCUCUGGACACCAUCUAUCUCCUCACCAUCCCGCAUGGAGUUUACCACAUUUGCUGGAGGCCUUUGGGCCAUUGAUAUUUCCUAUACACCGAGCUGCUUUACUACGCAAAAGGAUUCUGAUCACAGCUCAUGCUCCAGUCGAGGAGACAUGUAAUUUUGUAUAUGACCUUUCUGUACUUUCAAACAUACCCCUCGCAGUUACCGACCUCCUCGCAUCCACUGCUCCGCCCCAAAGACUCCGGCCGCUCUUCUCCAUUGGGGUCCACGACAUCCCACUCCUGGAAGAAGACCUCCGUGCCUCCAGAGCUGCUGCUGCAAUACCCGGCUCUGAACAAUCAGACCUAAGGGACGAACCAGGCAAUGGUUGGAUAGCCUGCACAACAGAUAGCAUCCUUGCCAUGAAAAGUGCUCUCUAUGAUGUUCUGAUAACUAUGCCCCCUCCCUACUCGGAAGAUGCCCACGAAAAAAUCUGGCCGAAAGUCGAAUCGCCCCAAGGUGUUGAGAUGAAAGCCACACAGCGAGAUCUUCGGCGUUACAAAGCUCUCAGAUGGAGUCUUUCACGCCACAUCUCCACCCCAUCUAGUCCCAGCACCACACGUCGCCGAAGCUCCUCGGGUUCCUUCUCCGAAUCGGAGACUAUCCGAGCGUCUUCCUCCAGCCUCUCACUCCCCCGAGACGACCCCAUGCUUGACCUCCCUGAUACAGACGACAUCAUAGAACCCAUAUCAUGGGCCGCCCUCGCCUACUCAGGCUUCAUGUGGUGGGCCUCGGCCGGCGAGCAAGUGCUCCACUCAGAAGAAGAAUCCGAAUCUGAUUCCGCUCUCCUCUCCGGCCUCGCACUGUCCCCCUCUACGCCCAUCACACCUCGUCCGCGCUCCCAAUCCACCGUCUCCGUUGGCAUCAAAGGGAAAACUGGGUUAGCAGGGGACAUGAAAGCUAAUCAAGAAAUGGCAAUAAUAGCUUACUUCCACCGCUUGACCACCCAAAUUCUGGCUACUUUGAGUGAUAUCGUGGAUGCUACGGACUCAGACGAUGAGCGAGAAGACGAGCAUGAAGCUCUGCAUCGAGUGCAGGACGAUGGCCCCGCUGAUGAGACGGGACCGGCGGUGUAUGUUUCUAGUUCAGAUGUGGCGAGGAUGGGCCUCGAUCAAUGGUCUUCAACAGACCAUGCCUUUAUCGAGGACGUGGCGAAAGAUUACUUCGGACGACGAGCACGUGUUGAAGGGCGGAAUGUUGAUGUGUGCGGGAUUCGGAUUUGCUAAUUCAUCCUUCGGACUUUCGAAGGACUUGUAUUGUUAUGUCAGGAUUGGGAGUUUGGAGGACCUGGCCUGCUGCUUUGCAUAAAAGGAUAGGGGGGGU